CAAAAGUGAAACAAACCGGACUCGGAGCACAAACCGUCUGAGAGCUCGGAGCAGAAAACAUGGACAAGCCAACAACAGAAAAACAUGCUAUCAAUUCAAAACCUGCACCUGGGAAAUGUAUCAAAGUGCUGAACACAGUGACGAUUGUCCUGCUGGGACAAUCUAAAGCUGGGAAAAGUAGCCUUGCCAACACCAUAUUUGGAGAAGAUACGUUCAAGACAAAUGGUGUUUUCAGCUCCGGGUUACUCGAGGCAGAGUCGAAAACCAUCCACAGAAAAAGAAUCACUUUGAUCAACACUCCUGGCUUCUUCAACUCAAACAUGUCUGACAAGGAGAUGAAGUCAGAGAUAGUAAGGUGUACCACAGAGUGUGCUCCUCAGCCCCAUGCUUUUCUCAUUGUGCUCAAAGUGGAGAAAACCGAAAAGCUGAAUGCAGUCAUCACCAAAAUGCACAAGUAUUUCUCUGAUGACAUUUUCAAUUUUGCCACAGUUGUCUUCACUCAUGGUAACCAGCUCCCGACAGAGACAAAAAUUGAAGAGUUUGUUCAUGAAAAUGAAUGUCUGAGGGAUCUGGUGAAGAAGUGUGGUGGGCGGUGUCACAUUGUUGACAAUAAAUUCUGGAAGAACCAGCAGGAUGACUCCAGGAACAAACAGGUUCAGGUGGCAAACUUACUGAAAACGAUAGACAAGAUGUUUCUGGAAACUCUUGGUGGCUACGUGAGCAACAAGAUCCUCCAAGCAAUAAAGACAGAUGAGAAGAUCAAUAUGAACGUACGAAACAUGCUCAUGAACAACACAAGCAUCGACGCUAAGAAUCGCACCUCCUGUUCAGUUGUUCUGCUGGAAACUGGAGCAGCAACAAGAGGAGGAACUGAAGCAGCAGAACCAGAGGAACCACAAGGAGCUCCCCAAGAAAAGGAAGCAGAAGGAAAAUCUGUCAAUCGUGAGCCAAAGAAUGUGUGGAUCAAAGUGACGGGCCCGGCAGCACAAUCAGUGGCUGAAGUUUUAGCGGGGGCAGCAGACUUACAAGAAGAAGAAGAAGAAGAAGAAGAAGAAAAAGAUGAAACUGAAGUGGCACCAAAAGAUGUAGAACCAGAAAACCCAAAACCAGAAUCCCCAAAAAUCAAAUCACUAGAAGCAGUGAGAGAUGGAGAAGCAGCACAAAGAACAGGAGAUGUAUUGUCAGCUCAUCAAAGGAUCGUCUUACUGGGAAAAACUGGAGUUGGGAAAAGCAGCUUCGCCAACCUCCUGACUAAAGAUAACGUGUUUGAAGUAAACCAUUCUGCAGAGGCUGGAACAAUGUCAGCUCAUCAAAGGAUCGUCUUAGUGGGAAAAACUGGAGCUGGGAAAAGCAGCCUCGCCAACCUCCUGACUAAAGAUAACGUGUUUAAAGUAAACCAUUUUGCAGAGUCUGGAACAAGUAAAUGCAAAACAAAAUCCACUACUGUCAGUGGAAGAGCAAUCACUGUGAUUGAUACUCCAGGUUUUUUUGACACAAAAAUGGAUGAGGACAAGCAAAAAAAAGAGAUCUUUAAGUUUAUAACAGAGUGUUCUCCUGGACCUCAUGUGCUUCUCAUUCUGCUCAAAGUGGAGAAAUACACAGAACAGGAGCAGGUGGUCAUCAAUAAAAUAAGUGAAUGUUUCUCAGCAGAAUAUUUCAGAUUUGCUGCAGUUGUCUUCACUCAUGGUGAUCAGCUCCCUGAAGGAGUGAAAAUUGAGCAGUUUGUUGCUAAACCUGAUGCUCUGAGAGAGCUGGUGAAGAAAUGUGGUGACCGAUGUCACGUCAUCGACAAUAAAUACUGGAAGAAACCACAAGACGACUACAGGAACAACGAGGUGCAGGUGGCUGAACUGUUCAAGAGUAUUGACAAGAUCAUAGAGGAAAAUGAUGGAGGAUACUACACCAACGAGAUGUUCCAAAAUGUGGAGAAACAAAUAGCAGAAGCACAAAAACGCAUCAGAGAGUCAUCAGGUAACCUGACAGACAAAGAGACCAGAAAACGAGCAAAAAAAGCUACACGUAAGAAGCUUUGGAUCAUCUAUGCUGGGACUACUGCAGGCGCUCUGUUAGGAGCUGCGUGUGGUGGGAUCGCAGUUGCAGUGUUAACACCAGUACUGGCUGUCGGAGCAGUGGCUACAGGAGCAGUGGCCGCAGGAUCAGUGUGGGACAGGGCCCUAAACUCAAGAGCCGAGUCGACUUCAUUUGUUCUUUUCAUCAUGCCGGUGUCAGCUCAUCAAAGGAUCAUCUUACUGGGAAAAACUGGAGUUGGGAAAAGCAGCGUCGCCAACCUCCUGAUUAAAGAUAACGUGUUUGAAGUAAACUAUUCUGCAGAAUCUGGAACAAGUGAAUGCAAAACAAAAUCCAUAACUGUCAGUGGAAGAUCAAUCACUGUGAUUGAUACUCCAGGUUUCUUUCACACAAACAUGGAUGAGGACAAGAAGAAAGAACAGAGCUUGGGGUUUAUGAUAGAGUCUUCUCCUGGACCUCAUGUUUUUCUCAUUUUGUGCAAAGUGGAGAAAUACACAGGACAGGAGGAUGCAUUCAUCAAAAACAUAAUUGAAUAUUUCUCAGAAGAAUGUCUCAGAUUUGCUGUAGUUGUCUUCACUCAUGGUGAUCAGCUUCCUGAAGGAAUGAAAAUUGAGCAGUUUGCUGGUCAAAUUGAUGCUCUGAGAAAUCUGCUGAAGAAAUGUGGCGACCGAUGUCACGUCAUCGACAUUAAAUACUGGAAGAAACCACAAGAUGACUACAGGAACAACGAGGUCCACGUGGCUGAACUUUUCAAGACUAUUGACAAGAUCAUAGAGGAAAAUAAUGGAGGAUACUACACCAACGAGAUGCUCCAAAAAGUGGAGGAACAAAUAGCAGAAGAAGAAAAACACAUCAGAGAGUCAUCAGGUAACCUGACAGAAGAAGAGAUCAGAGAACGAGCAAAAGAAGCUGCACGUAAGAAGCUUUUGAUCAUCUAUUGUGCGACUGCAGGAAAUUCAGUGUUCGGAAGUAAGAAGGUUUGGAUCAUCUGUGGUGCAGGUGUAGUAGGCACUGUGUUCACAACGUUGUGUGGUUGGAUCCCAGGUGUCAUCGCAGCAGCACUGGUUGUUGGAGCAGCAGCUAACAUACGAAUGGAUAUAAUCAGACGAAUGUUUGAUUAUGUUAUUGACCUGUUUAAUAGACGUGGUGGUUUUCGCAGACAGCAAAGAGAACAUCAGUUUUAA